UCUCUACUCCGUAUACGCGUGUCUGCUCAGCUCCAUCAAGUGACUAAUUUGCAAGUUAGUAACAGACGACCGGGCGACUGGCGUAGCCCCAUCCGCGAUAGCAGAGUUUAGGUCACUCGCCCACCAAAACUGGAGGGGAGAAUCAAUCACAUGACAGGCGUGGGCGGGGUAUAUGAAAAGAUUACUUCGCGAAGAACAAUUGAAUCUGUCAAUUCUCUCCUAGCCCGACUACACUGGAAGAUUUCAACCCUUUCUACCUUCUAGCCACCAUUCAACCGGUCCAAUGGCAUCCGCUACCCAAUCCCUGAAGAGCUUCAUGCUCGUCUUUUACGUGCCCCACUCCGGCCUCGCGGCCUGCAAAGCGGCCGUCUUCAAAGCCGGCGCAGGUAGCUAUCCCGGUCCCGGCCAAUACACCGAAGCGUGCUGGUCCACCACCGGUACUGGCCAGUUCCGACCUGGAGCCACUGCGGUCCCCAACAUUGGAGCAGUUGGCAAGCUCGAGGAGGUGCCAGAGGUUCGGGUCGAAGUUCUGUGCGUGGGCGAGGACGUUGCUAGAAAGGCUGUGGCCGACCUGAAGGUCGCCCACCCUUACGAGGAGGUCCCGUGCCACAUUUACAGGUUGGAGAACUUUUAAAUAUGGAUUUUGUGAUACGGAUGGUGCACGGGCUUUGCAUACGGUUGAAACAAUGGCUGCUUUAAUCACUACCUAGGUACUCAAAAUGGUGGCGCGGCCUGCGUCUUAGAAGGGUUACGCUCAUUUCCUUUAUGAAUUCGGGUUCGCUUUACAAUUUGGGCCAUGAUAAGGCUGUCAUAGUGGCGCCUCUCGCCGUCUUCCCAUUAUCUCUAGCGGAUGCAUUGAAAGGCAAUAUGUUUUCCUAGUCCCUGGCUUGCUUCUCCUGUUGCAGACCCCGUUUGAGUCGGUUUUACCAAACCCAAUCAUGUGCCGCUGGGCAUGACACGUUUGGGUUGGUCUGUAGCAAGCGCAUCUCCCAACAUCUCCGCAAAGAAGUACAUCUUAAAG